GAAACUGUGUGAAGCGCGUGUGAGCUCCGUGUCUCUUUGCGCCACGACGAGGACAGUUUCUGUCAUGUGGUUUGUGGGAAAACCCGUAUUGGAUCUCUGUGGUCACCUGGGCAGAAGAAACUGAAAAAAAAUGUGGCUGAUUGGCAGCAGGUGAACGGCAGAGAGGUGUUAUAACACUCCAAGCGACUGUCAGGAACAAUUAAAUACAGUGUGUAAAAAAACCCAAGUAAAUCAAUCUGCGCGUAAAAAAAAAGCUUUUAAUUAGAAAAUAAAUCGAGAAAAUAUCAUAAAAAUCCACAUUUAACCGUGUACACGAGCAGUCACGUGAAUACUACACUACAACAUAUGCAAUCUUACAGAAGAUAAACCCAACAAUUACAGGCGCAAAUUCACUUCGUUACUAAAAUGUAAACUAGUCCACUCCAUAUCUUAUUGGGCGCAUGUCGGUGCCGCAGCUUAGCGCGCACAAACAGCAGCUGUGCGCCGCAGAGCCGCAAAUAAAGGGCAGAAAGAAAAAUCCGGAGAUCCGUGCAAAAAAAAAAAAGGGGGAAACAAUCUUCAAACCGAGCAUCCAGCAGUUCACCAAAAAAGACAAUAAUCUCGAUCUUCGGAGAACCGCCGCUGCCUCCGAGAAGCUGCGUAAACGCUGUGUUGUGUUUCUUUCUUUUCUUUUUUUUUUGGUUUGGUUUUUCCGCACAGACGCAGACAGACGGCUCCUCCUGCUCCUGCAGCGGCCUCCAUUUUAGCUCCUCGCCCGGUCGGUGCCUCACGUGUCCUGGACUGUCUUCCUCACAUGACCCGUGUGUUUGUCCCCGUGAUCAGCGCUUCCAUCUCCGUAAAUCGGUGUCGUUGAAUAUCGGCGUUGAACACCCGCAGGAACCUUCAUGGAUAUGCUGGAGCAGAGUCUCGACAACUCGGCGAGUCACGACAAACAGGAAACCGAAGAGGUGGUGCAGUUACAGGAAGGAGAGGCGGUGGGGGCGGACGAGCACACUGCAGUGACCAUCACGGGCGUCCCGCAGGCUGCGUUCACUGACCACAAUGUGCAGUAUCAGUUUCGCACAGAGAACAAUGGAGGACAGGUGACCUAUCGGGUGGUUCAGGUGACGGACGAUCAGUUGGAAGCAGCUGACGGGACCGGGGCCGUCAGCGUCGUCUCCACGGCGGCGUUCGCCGGCGCCCCUCAGGCAGUGGCACAGGCUGUGAUCCAGAACCCCUUCAGCAACGGGGGCAGUCCCGGCGGGGAAACGGUGGGAGGAGAAACUCGCUUCGCUUAUUUCCCCGCCGCCACCGUUAGCGACGGAACAGCCACGGCCGUGUCGGUGCAGGCCACCGCCGACCCAACCAUCACGCAGGCAGGAGGUCAGUUUUACGUCAUGAUGAGUCCCCCUGAGGUGCUACAGACGACGACCCCUCGCACCAUCGCGCCACGCACACAGACCUACACUGCAGACCUCGGUGAAAGCGAGAUGUUGCAGCAUGGCAGUACAAACUGGAAGGUGGAUGGUCCACGGGCGCCAAGAGAUGAGAGGCGAAGAGCACAGCACAACGAAGUGGAGAGGAGAAGAAGAGACAAGAUAAAUAACUGGAUUGUCACGCUGUCAAAAAUUAUCCCUGACUGCAGCGUUGACAGCAGGACAGGAGCCGUGAGCACAGCGAGUAAGGGAGGCAUCCUUUCCAAAGCUUGUGACUACAUCCGCGAGUUGCGUCAGAGCAACCAGCGACUUCAGGAGAGCUACAAAGAGGUGGAGCGAGUCGAGAUAGACAACGAGCUGCUUAGACAACAGAUUGAGGAACUAAAGAAUGAUAACGCGCUGCUUCGAGCCCAGCUACAGCAGCACGGCGUAGAAAUCAACGGAGACGCAACGCCACAGUGAUCGUGGACUAGACACGCGCGGGGCGUCACAAACACAUAAAACGUCCUCCCCACCUCGACCCUGAACGAUACCGGGGGCAGGACGCGACAACGAGAGACGAUUUUCUGUUCCGAAAUUGGACAACGGGCCAACACAAAAAAAAAAAAAACAGGCGCAGGGCUCCAGACGAACACUGUAAACUGAAAACGUCUCCUCCACCGUGCAGCAUUUCAAAAGGCUGGACGCUCUGAGAUCCGUUAAAUGUGUAGCUAAAUGAACCUCUUCUGCUUCAAGGAAAACGACCUCUGCACAGCAUCAACCCGCCACCACCACCACGCUUGCACCAAAACUUUCUAUUUACUUUAAAUUAUGAUCCUGCCACAGACGACCUACUUUUUAAUGACUUCACCUUUUUUUUUUUUUUUUUUUUUUAUCAUAACACAAACUCCUUCCUUCUUUGUUGACUUGCUGUGUUUGAAACUACUAAAUGUGACAUGAAUGAUGUAUCCCAUUUUUUAAUUUAUUAGUCUUUAACAGAUGUGUCCACAGAGAGCGAAACAGAAAAUCUGCAUUCAUCCCCUGCACACAGAAUCAUUUUGAUCACCACUGUCUUUUGUGUUUGUGUGCCGACACUCCACCCGCCAGGUAAAAGGCAAUUCUUGCCGGUAAAUUACAAGAAACUAUAACACACGUUAGACGGUCAAAGUGUAAGCAUGGAGGUUUUUUAUUUUUAGUGCAAGGCCUUAAUAGAAGCCUGUUGGGAGAAUCUAGGUGUUAACAUAGCUCAGGUAAUUGGGAUAGUGCACUGGCAAGUGGUUCCCAGACUCGUUAAGUCCUUAUAUAGAGAGUUUAGAUCUCAUUUGUGUCCCCCAUUAGGUGCAGUGUACAGAUUAAAAUAAUACCAAGGUUA